CUUUUUUCCGCCCUUGAGAGCAUGGCAUGGGGAAGCUGAGAAUGGCGGUGCAGGCGCUAGUGCUGUAUUGGGCUUAGAGGCCGUCGAGCCAAAGUUCAGCCUUACCGAAAAAACACCAGGCUGUCCUCAAUUAUUCUCAUCGACCAGACAAACCACUCACUCAAAGUCGCAACGUCUCCAAACUUGCACACCGACAUUACUCGGUGUAACCCAUCCGUUCCUACCAUCUCGAGCAGGGCGCAUAUCAUUUCGACCAAGGCGCAGACGAUCGGCAUUUCAAGCAUCCUUCCACAGUCCAUUUCGAAUCAGGAACCACUUCCAUCAUGGACGACACAGAGACCUUCGACCUUCUCCCAAUCAGACUUGAUCCGCAAUCCAAAGCGAUCAGUACAACUUCCAGCUCACGAAUCCUCAAUCAAGAACUCAAGACUCUAAAUGAGCUCCACAAGACGCUCCUGAGCCUCGAAUCUCCUGCCCCACCACCUCCUAUUCCCGUCAACCCUAAACGCUCUGCACAAAUCACGAAGCUUCGCGAAACUGGUAAUGAUUCAUUUCGCAAAGGGAAGCAUGCUGAAGCCAUCCAAUACUAUUCUCUCGGCCUCAAAAUGGCACUUUCGCGACCGCUCUGGGAACCUUCUGGACUGGUGAGAGACGAAGUUGCUGGAUUAUACGCAAAUCGAGCACAGGCACAUAUGGCGAUGCAGAGUUGGGCUGAGGGCUCUGUUGAUGCAGAGUCGAGUGUUGAAGCUAAGAAAGCUGGUAAUGCAAAGGCGUGGUGGAGAAAAGCCAAGUGCUUAAUGGAGAUGGGUAGAUUAGAGGAGGCAGAAGAGUGGAUUGGGAGAGGCUUGGAAAUGGAGGGUAACGAGAGCGAUCUCGUCGCUUUGUUGAAGGACGUCCAGGAGAAGUCGAAAAAAGCAUGAGGCGAAUAUGGAUUGCAUGAUGGAGUCUGGAGUUGUUGUACAAUAUAAGGGCAGGACUGUGUUUUCCACAGCACAAUGAAGACGCUUUUUUUUUCUUAACCGUAGUACGGUAUACCGUGUGACAGCCAAAACGAGCCACUGGUAGAGAUCCCAUGCUGCUUUAGACAUCUUGAUCUCUGUAUUUCUUCAACUGCACUGUCAUUUGACGUACCGUUACAAACUAUUUGAAGGUAAAGAGCAUUCCCCAACGAAAUCCAAAGGGGUCGAAUGGUAUAUCCGCGUGCUUUACAUCAUGUUCGGGAAAACAAAUACACUC